CCUCCUCUGGUCUUUCCCAGACGCUGUGCUAUGGACGAGUUGGCUCAUGACUUGGUGUCUGCCCUGGAUGAGACGUCUGAGCAGAACCGUCUCGACGAGGAGAUCUGGGAGGGGUCUGGCCUGUGCCCGCGGCAGCAGCAGAGGCGCCAGGCACGGAAGCGGAGGGGUCGGAAACGCCGUUCCAACUCGAACCACUCGCUGGACUACACGCGGUGUUUCAGUGAGGUGUCCGAGUCUAGUCAGGACGAGCUUGGGCUGGCUGCUGCUGCUGCAGCCGACACGGACUCGGACGAUGACCGUGCGGUGGUGAAGCAACUCUCCUCCCUCAAUGUCACACUUAAGGGCAAGGUCCAUAACUGGCACGAGUCAGACUCCUUCACGGAGAAUAGCCCCGGCCAGCCACUCCGGCGACGCAGAAAGGUCAAACGCGUGACCUCGGGGGGCGCAGGGGACGUCAGCGCCACGCUCCAGAAGAAGCUGAAGGUGUCACAACCUGGGCCAACCUCGCAGUCUCCCGCCGAUCCCCCGAAGCCCCCCGGCCAACACAAGAAGCAGCGUUUGUCCAAAGCGGCUGGUGUGGAGUCUGGGCUGAGCCCUGAGGGGCACUCUGUCCAGCACAGCCUCCACCUGGAGGGAGGCCGCAAGGAGGCCAUGGACUGUCAGACCGAGGAACACAAGGCUUCAGACGAGAACAUGACUGACAGUGAUGUCAGCAGCAUCUGCAGCAGCGACGGGCUCUUCACCAACGAUGAAGGACGGCAAGGUACAGACUCUCCAUCACACGCGCACACGCACACACUGACACGCAUGCUCACACUCAGACUCACUCUGUCUGUCUGUCUCUCUCACGCGCACACACUGACACGCAUGCUCACACUCAGACACACU